CGCGGCUACGCCGGAAGUACCCCUCAGGGCUUGUUGCGUCGCUCGCUCAGUCUCCUCAUUUCGGCCGGAGGAGAGGAGAGGAGAGACGGGAGUCGUCAUGGCGCUGAACAGGAACCACUCGGAGGGCGGCGGCGUCAUCGUCAACAACAGCGAAAGCAUCUUGAUGACUUAUGAUCACAUUGAAGUUACAUUCCAUGAUAUGGAACAUAUGCCAGAUGCUUUCAAGGGAACAAAAAAAGGCAGUGUCUUCAUGACCCCAUAUCGAAUAAUCUUUGUGUCCAAAGGAAAAGAUCCAAUGCAGUCUUUCAUGAUGCCCUUUUAUUUGAUGAAAGAUUGUGAGAUUAAGCAGCCAGUUUUUGGAGCAAAUUAUAUCAAAGGUGCAGUGAAAGCAGAAGCAGGAGGAGGUUGGGAGGGAUCUGCAACAUUCAAAAUGUCAUUCUCAGCUGGAGGUGCCAUUGAAUUUGGACAGCGUAUGCUACAAGUAGCAUCUCAAGCUUCACGGGGUGAGGUCCCCAAUGGAGCGUAUGGUUACUCAUACAUGCCGAAUGGGGGUUAUACCUUUCCACCCCUUGCUGCCAAUGGAAUGUACCCAGCACCUCCUUCAGGAUACCCAUACCCACCACCACCUCCUGCUGAAUUGUAUCCUGGUCCACCACUGGAUGGAGAUAUGGGGUACAUGCAACUUCCCCCUCCUCCCUAUCCUGGGCCCAUGGAGCCACCUGCUGCUGGCCCAGAUCUUCCCUCCACUCCAGCAGCUGAAGCCAAGGCUGCAGAAGCUGCUGCAAGUGCUUAUUACAACCCUGGCAACCCUCAUAAUGUCUAUAUGCCAAUGGAUCAGCCACCUCCACCUCCCUAUUUUCCUCCAGAGGAUAAGAAAACCCAAUAGAGAGUCACCACACAUUGCUUCUUUAUUCCCAUUCGGUUUAAUAUUGAUAAGCGAUAUGACAAUGAUAAGGACUGUCUAAUCUCCUUCCAGUGCACGUAACCCCCACAGGCAGCAGGGGGAGAUGCGUGUUUCAUUAGAAAAGCAUCUAACACUUUCCUGGAUUAUCACAUGCACCUAACUUAAGAAUAUAUUUUUCUCUUCAAUAUUAUUCUUUCUCCUUGUCAAUGAUAAAAUGAAGGAAAAGCUUUCUUCUUCUUCUCUCAUCCCAUCUUUGAAGCAUCCUGGAGAACAUACCUCCCUGAACAAAGACUCCUUAAACAGAAACGAAGGUUGAAUUUGGUAGGUGUGGAUCUCUUAAUGUCCAGCUGUCGUGUGUGGCAAAGCUUUGGAAGAUGUUCAGCAUUGUGAUCUCUCAGUCAAUUCUUCAUUGCAUGAACCCUGCCAUGUUUUGACCAAGGAAAUGCACUGAUCUUCUGACAAAUCUAAUGGCACAUUCUUAGAAGUUUGGUUUUGUUUGGACACUAGCAUGUUCUGCCACUUCUUUUACAGAAGGUAAUACAGUGGCAUGUAUGCAUCAUGAAUUGAUUUUAAAACAUUCCUGUCCGGUUAUGCAUCUUUCUUAAUUUAUUUUGUACAACAGUAAAAUAAUGGCUGCAUGGAUCUGGCCCAUGAUGCAUAGUAUCAUCACAGCUAACUUGGUAGUUGAUUUGUCUAAUUUUCAUUUCUAGCAGCUAAACAAAUUUCUGUGGAAUAUGGCUGACAUAUUAAUUUAUUUUUGUUUAUAUUUAUUUAUUUAUUGCUCAGAUUUUAGUGUUAGAAUAUCAUAAUCUGAUGCAAGGCACUUCCCCUUUUUGUUGCAUGAUGUUCAGAUGUUUGGUAAGCAUCAUCUUCAAGAGUAGUGAUUAUUCAGAUGGGGUCUAAACUGACAAAAAGCAAAAUCUUUUUGGGAAUUCCUGCAUCUUCUUGGAGGUUCCUGCACCAACCUGUGGUAAGGGUUGGGAAUUGUAUGGUUUUCCAGAUGUUUUUGGUCUGCAGCUCCCAGCAGUUCUAAGCAGCAUAGUCAGUAGUGAGGAUCCUGGGAGCUGCAGCUUAAUAUCUGGAGGAGGACUGCAUUACUCACACUCUAGAAGAAUUAACAUCAGUGAAAUGCCAUGCACGACAGAACUACUAUAAUAUAGUGCUUUUGUUUUUGUUUUUUGACUCAAAAUAUGAAGAGGAAGCAAUGAGAGAUAAUAGGAAUUGCAUGUAUAUGCCAGUAGUCCUAGGCAUGCAUGAGCACACACAGCCCCCAAAGUUCUACAACAACCCACCUGAAAUUCAAUAUUUACUUAGAUAGCUGGAGUGUUCCAGUGUGCCUAGAAAUUGAAAAUCCAUUAUUUCAUUAGCAUUGCUUCAGAGUCACAUACAAAUAAAUUGAAAGUCUGAUAUGUACAGAAAUCCAUGUGUUCCUGAAGUUUGUUUUUGAAAUUGGGGCUCUCUGGAAAGUUAACAUUUGAAGCCAGCGCUGGAAGCUUCAACCUCCUUUCUUAUUUGCUUUGAACCUAGGUCCCUGCUAGUGUUUGAGGCAACACUAGUUAAUUCCAGCUUUGGCUACAUUAUGACUCCAUUCUUCUCAGCAGUGGAAGUCAACGUUUUUCUGUGGUGGUUGCAGAGAUCCCAAGGAAAGAUGCAGAUAGGUUCAGUUGCCAAGAACAUGGUGAAUUGGGGUAGUUUAACUGCAUGCCUCUGCAAUGCUUGAUUUUUACUUCCCUGCCAUCACUAUAUUUAAUUUUAAGUAAAAUUAUAGACCUUCUGAAUUUUCAUGAGAUGGAAGUGCAAGCUGGUUUGUUUGCUGAAAAAACAUCUCCAUUUGCAUUCUCAGUAGCAGUCACCUUGCUGUUUUGCUGCAGGGUCAAUUGACAGCCAAAUAGGUGAGGACCUUGAAUUUGUGCAGCAUGCAAAUUCAGUUCACGUACUUCUCUGCAGAGGCUUUUCCAGCAGGAGCUUUUAAAACAACCCUGUACUAAUAGCAGUGUAAGUAUCAUUUUACUGAUAGGCAAGGUCCCACUAAGGCCUUAGUUUGUUUUCCCAAAUGCUAUCUACCUGACCAGUGGUCUUGAUACUGGUGCACACCCCGUCUCUGUCUAGUGCACUAUUCCCCCCCCCCCCCCCGAUUUGCAUUUUAAACUGCAGUGAUGUAAAGAAACAUAUUUUAAAAAUAGGUAUGUAUUUUGGAGAAAUUCUAAUAAUAUAUUAUGAAUGUGAAAUGGUUAAUUUGACUUCAAGGCUGUCUUUUGAUUUGCUGAGACUGUGAAGUAAAGAUAACAUACAUCAAA